AUGAACCGGGGGAGCAACCUUUCCAAAGCCAUACUCGCUCACAGGCGAAAGCUAUUGCUAGCAACCGGAACCACAGCUGUCACUGGAGCCAGCUUCUUUUCGGAAGAAAAUUCGUCCUUGCCAACGUUGGACAAACAUGGAAAACGUCUUGACCGCACUUUUGCGUUUCCCAGUGCACUUGGUCUUGCGACCAUGUCAACAACCGAAUGCAAGGAAGCCAAAGUCAAGGAUUUGGGACCGACCACGAUUCCGAUUCCCACCCGUGAUGAGCAAUUGUCCAAGUUAAAAAAGGGCGAAACCUUUGACAUUUUGGUAGUUGGAGGAGGUGCUACUGGUGCCGGUGCCGCCUUGGAUGCUGCCACUCGCGGAUUGUCCGUGGCCAUGAUUGAACGAGGAGACUUUGGGAACGAAACCUCGGCACGAUCCACCAAAUUGAUCUGGGCCGGGAUUCGGUACAUUGCCACUGGCUUUUCGGCACUGUUGCGAUUCCAUAACAUUACCAGACCGUUGGAUGCCAUUUCGGAUUUUAUGGGCGAAUUCAAUAUGGUCAUGGGGGCACAUAAAGAACGAAGAAUCCUGCUGGAAAAUAAUCCGCACUUGACCAACUGGGUUCCCAUUGCCAUUCCAUUUACGUCGUGGGUAUCCUGGCCUGCUCCUUUUGGUCAUCCUAUCUUUGCUACAGCUCCUGUGGUCAUGCCGCUGGUCAUGAAAUUUUACGACGGCAUGUCGGGGUUCACUUGUCCACCAAGCCACAUCAUGGGGAAAAAGCGAGCGGCUCGCAAGUUUCCACAAUUGGAUCAAGAUGCCAAAUACUUUUCCGUGUUUUACGAGGGACAGCACAAUGACUCUCGUACCAACACUUGCAUCGCCUUGACGGCUGCUGAAGAAGGGGCAACGGUAGCCAAUUACGUCGAAAUGAUUGACAUUCUCAAAGAUAAAAGUGGAAAGGCGACUGGUAUCAAAUGCCGCGACAAUCUUAGUGGAAAGACAUUUCAAGUUCACGCCAAGGCUAUUGUCUUUGCAGGUGGACCCUUUACUGAUUCCUUGAGGAAAAUGGAAGAUAAAAACUCUGAACCAGCAGUGAACGCAGCUGCCGGAACCCACAUAGUUUUGCCCAACUACUUUUGUCCCGCUGGUAUUGGAAUGUUGGACAUCAAUACUUCGGACGGUCGAUUUCUUUUCUUUUUGCCAUGGGAGGGGCAUACGCUAAUUGGUACCACGGACCGAAAGGGUCCCGCCGAGUCGUCCUAUGGUCCACCCGAACAAGAAAUUAGAUACUUGUUGGAUGAGGUCCAAAAAUAUUUGGCUGGUGAUAUCAAGGUUCGCCGAUCCGAUGUCCUUAGUGCUUGGCAAGGAUACCGUCCAUUGGCGUCGGAUCCCAAUGCACCUCCAGGUGCUCCAGUGAGUCGGGAUCAUAUUAUUUCGGUCAACCCAGACACGGGAGUGACAUUUAUCACGGGUGGAAAGUGGACUACUUACCGGGAAAUGGCCGAAGAUGUGAUCGAUCGUGUAAUCAGUCUUCAUAAACUCAAUCCACCCAAGGAAAGCUCUACGGCAACCAGACCUCUUCGUGGGGGUGUGGGGUACCGACGAAACCUACCAAUCACUCUAGUUCAAGACUUUGGAGUGAGUGAAGAAAGUGCCAAGCAUUUGGCACGAACCUAUGGGAUGAAUGCAUUGGAUGUUUGCAGAAUGGCGACACCAACUUCGAAGCGUUGGCCUCGAUUUGGGAAUGUCUUGAUUGAAGGUUUUCCAUACCUCGAGGACGAAAUUCCAUACAUUUGCAAACACGAAAUGGUUUGCACUCUAACAGACAUGUUGACGCUACGAACGAGAGUAGCGUACUUGAAUAAGGAUGCAGCAAUUGCGGCUGCACCCAAGAUUGCCGAUUUGAUGGCCAAGGAACUUGGUUGGUCAUGGAGGGAGAAAAAGCGACAACUCAAUGACGCGUUGGAAGUGCUCAGUACAUUCGGGGGUCCAAUUCCCGACAAGGCGGCUGCGGCAUUGGAACUGUCGACAGAAUUGAAGACUGUUCGGGAAGUGUUUGAAAAGAUGGACUUGGGAAGUACGGGAUAUAUUGACUUGACAGAAUUCAUGGAUUGCUGUACGAUGCUUGGAAUGCCAUUCAAGGACCGACAAAAAGCAAAGAAGGCUUUCGAGACGAUUGACUCGAAAGGUGACGGAAAGAUUGACAUGGGUGAAUUUGUAGCAUGGUGGGAAAAAGGUGGCGGUCUGCAGGCCCAAAUUGCAAACAAACUAAAGUUCAAAGCGACAAAGGAAACAUCCGUUGGUGCUGCUUUUGGAUAA